GUCGAUUCGUGUGCGAAAACUGUUAUCGGUGAGGUGGACAGUCGGCUGGAGAGCAUGGGAGAGUUCGAAAGUCCGCAGCUUCGGGACCAUGAGAAAGCUAUUAUCAUGGAAGACAUACGCCUUCGAUGGAUCUUCUUUACUAAUCAGUUCUUCACAGACUGGGAGCUCUGGUCGAAGUUCCCGCUGCCUGUCAUUCUGUUGCAUAUUCGUCAGUUGGUUCGACGGGUGAAAACGAAUCGCCGUUUCUACUGCCAGAAUUUACCCAUAAGCUCUCUGCUCACGGCAGCUGGCUUCUAUUUCUGGGACGUCAAGACUUUGUUCUCGUUUGCCGAAUCUUCAGCGCAUCCGGAUGUUAUAUCGGAAGUUGUUGUCCUGAUUGGUAAAAUUUUUGACCGAGCUGGAGCCAACGAUCAGUUUACCCUGUUAACCUACGAACAGGGGGUUGCGGAUAAACUAUACACUGUCAUCCUUUCACCAUCGAGCAAGGUCCACGUAACAGCUAAAAUUAAUGCUCUCAAGGUAUGUGCUAUCCUUUCAUGGGAUGUGUUUUUUAUUAAGGAUUCACAACUUUAG